CAAAUCAACGCUCCUGUAAAAGGAUUUUGUCUUCUUGGAACCAGCGAGUACUUCCUGUUUGGAAUGCCAUGGGGGCCCAGCAAGCAAGGCCAAGUGGACCCCUAUUGGGUUUCCGUGGUGACCCCACCUCUGUUUGCUUAAGUGUGCACUUACGCUAGCUAGCCGCUCGGUGGACAGCGUAGCGUGCUAGCUAGCUCCGCUGCCUGGGCACCAGCACCCUUUAGCCAAAGUAUUCAAACACUGAAACUGGAGACAAACCCAAUUGGGGCCCACUUGGCUGGGGAGGGGUCACUCUGUCCAGUUCUCAUAUACAGUCAAUGUCAUUAAAGUUCUUGACAGUCAAUAUUGUUUUUAUAUAUAUAUUAUCUCCUUAGCACACUGUGCCAGCAGUUGCCCCGCCCACAUUGUUAGCUUGAUGACCUCAGAGUUUACCUUGGGGGAGGGUUUUUCUCAACAGUUUAGUUCCACUAAUUAAGCUUUAUCAACAGUCAACAGGAAGUGGCGGGACGAACGCUGAAAAAAGAACAGGCAAAAGGGGGCGGGGCCAAGACAACGGUGUCCGUUGGUAAAGCAAAAUGAUCUUUUUUCUGAGCAGCUGUCGUUGUUUAGUUUUAGGGGGUGGAGUCAGGCUUUGACACGCCCCUUUUGGGGGGUUUUGAUUUGGAUUUUCAGAUCGAUGAUCUCUGAAGAUGUCAGGAUGUGACAUUUGAUGUUUUUAUUUCCGUGUUCUGAUGUUUUGGGUCGUGUGGUUGUGAGCCGGCGCUGCCUCUCCCCUCUCUUAUAUUCCCCUGUGCCCCCCGCCCCGCUGAUAAUGUGGUGUCUGCACUUCUGCCCCUCCACAGAUUAACACUGCUUUUGUCCAGGGGAGGGGGCGACAAAGGUGGAUAGAGCUAAAAAAAAAAAAGAAGGCCCCUCCCUGCUGCUGAGCCGGGGCUUUCAGCGUGGCCCCCUGCCAGGGGAGGCUUUAAAAGGGUGGGGGCGCGUGGCUCCUCUCACUCUCACGGCAGGACAACCUGAGGGCAUCAAUGCGAGACAACAUGACUCACCACUGCACCAAGUUCUCCGGCCACUGGAAGAUCAUCGUCUACGACGAGGAGUGCUUCCAGGGCCGCCACCACGAGUUCACCUCCGAGUGCUGCAACGUGAUGGAGUUCGGCUUUGAGUCGGUGCGCUCCCUGAGGGUGGAGAGCGGCGCCUGGGUGGGUUAUGAGCACGCCUCCUACCAGGGGCAGCAGUUCAUCCUGGAGAGGGGGGAGUACCCCCAGUGUGAUGCCUUUGGGGGCAGCAACGCCUACCACAUCGAGAGGAUGACCUCCUUCAGACCCAUCGCCUGUGCCAACCACAGAGAGUGUCGGAUGACUAUCUACGAGCGUGAGAACUUCCUGGGCCGUAAGGGCGAGCUCAGUGACGACUACCCCUCCCUCCAGGCCAUGGGAUGGUGCAACAACGAGGUCGGCUCUUUCAGGAUCCAGUCUGGAGCAUUUGUGUGCUACCAGUACCCCGGUUACCGUGGUUACCAGUAUAUCAUGGAGUGCGACCGUCACUGUGGGGAGUACAAACACUUCAGGGAGUUCGGGUCCCACUGCCAGACCCCUCAGAUCCAGUCCAUCCGCCGUAUUCAGCAGUAGCGGCUGAACCCGUUCUCCACCGUGACCCUUCACCCCCGACCCCCGCUGCCACCCAGUGCUGAAUAAACUGUUUUUCUUAAACCUGA